AUGGCCUCCAAAUCGACCUCUGUACCAGCGGGCAUCGAGCGCCUGACGAAGCUCCUCUCGCACCUCAACAAGGCGCCGCGGCUCACCCUACCAGGCGUCAAGUCCCUCAGCGUGUCGUACGCGUUUAGGAACGACCAUUUCGGCGCGAGACAUUUCGUGAAAAAGGACCUCCCACGCAUCCGCUGGGCGAACCCCGAGCUCGAUAUCGACGUCAAGCGGCCGCACAAGGAGGUGAACGAGCGCUGGAAGCCGGAGCUCAUUGUCACGUUCGACCAAGGCCUCCCGGUAUCCUUCUCCCUGCAAGACAAGCACUCAUCCACCAUCCUCAAGGAGCUGAUGAACGCAGCAGGCGGCGAGCCGUGGGCCGCGUACGUGCGCUCGCGCAAGGCUGCGGGUCUGCCGAUCAUCGAGGGCGAGCAUGGGGGCGAGGCGGGCGGCGAGGAGGAGGGGCGGGUGAAGGAGAAGGAGAAGGGGCAGUAUGAGGAGAUGGAGGCGUGGCCGAAUUGGGAAGAGUUUCAGGAGAAGCACCCGGAGGCGGGGAAGAGCAGGAGUCUAAGUGGGGGCGCGAGUAAGGCGAAGGCGAAGAAGAAGGAGGGGAAGGCGAAGAAGAAGGAUAAGGAUAAGGGGAAGAAAGACUCGAAGGAGACGAAAAAGGAAGCGAAGACGGAGGUGAAAAAGGUGGAAGAUGCGACGGAAGGUGUGAAUGAGGUGGAGACAGAAGAGCCUGCUCCAGUGACUGCGUAG